UACGUAAACAAACUGUGUGGGGGCUUUUCAGAACACAACUGUUGCAUUUACGAGGUUUUUCUUACUCAAAAUGUCCAAACAAUUUGUUGGAUUUUCUGACGAUGAUAUCUUUAAGAUUACCCGGCAGGCCGGUGGUAAAGAAUCGGCUAAGGAAUUGUCGCGUCCCCACAACAACAGGCAACCAAAAGUACCGCCUGGCGCGGUGAAAUUUGUUCCACAACCAACAACGGCAAAUAGUGGCGACCUUAGUACAGUCAGCUGCGUCGACUCAAGCAUUUAUCCUCAGCAUCCACUUCAACAAGCUGUUGCCUUUAAACCAUUGCCGGUUAUGAUGAACGCUCCAGAGGACGAAUCGAUUUUAGUGCUGCCGAAUGCAUCAACCUUAGGCAGGAAUCCGGAACCAUCUUCCGUUGCUUGCAGUGCACCGGGUGUGGCUGGUUUGCGGACGAAUCUUAACGAUGUGCUAACUCCGUUCAAAGGCAUGUCGCUGAAGGAUUUUGAACAGCAGCGAAAAAUGAUGGAAGAACAGAAUAGGCAAAAGCGAGACAUUCUUCAUAAAGCGAUAGAGCAACAUGCUCAAAAAACAGCAGCAGAAGCGAACAAAAUUCAGGAGAUAAAAUCAGAACUCAGCAAACUAGACUCCGAGCUGGCAUCGGAUGUAGCAAUUUUACGCAAACAAAUCGAUGCGGCCAGUAUGCACUUCUCCAACGUUGAAAAAAAUUAUCUUACUAUAGAGAACCUUUUCCUGAAAGCCAAGGUAGAACUCCACCAAGCUUUGGAAAAGAAGGAAAUGCUAACCGAACAUCUGUGUGCAAUCAUAUCCCACAACGAGGAACGGAAAGCGAAACGUUUGUCCGAGUUGAUGGAGAAGGUAGGUAUUUCGGUGAACGAUAAUUUUGAUGAUACGAUCAAUGGAAAUAGUACCGGUGCAACGGACGCUACGACGGAACCAGACAGCACCCAAUCGCCACACAAUUAACUAACGCUCCCUGAUAGAUAAGUUAAAUUCACGCUGUGAUACGGCUUACGGAAGGUGACACAGCGCACUAACAAACAACCAAAUCUGAUGACAGGAAAAGAAAUCUCGUUAAAAUGUAGUCCUUUGGACUGUCCCUUUUUUAUUAGUACUUCCAAAGCUAUAAGACUAUUGGGCACUAUUCCACGACACUUCUUGCCUCUGAUGCAUUUUAACCAUUAAUCUAUUGUUUGCAUUUUAAAUCCAGCUUUCUCUUGCA